AUGCACGGUGAGGCGGUGGUUCCCAACAAGAGGGCUGCCAUGACCGUGGUGGGUCGUAGGGUUGGAAGCUCGUUUGACAGAAACACCACGUCAGCUGCGCUGACGUGGUUCUUCUUGCUGCUGUCGAGCCACCCGGAGGUGGAGGCGGAAGUCCUCGGUGAGAUUAAUCAGGUGAAGUACUCUGACAUCGGCGGCGGCGGCGUGUAUGAUGAGGUGAAGAGCAUGGUGUACACGCACGCGGCGAUAUCGGAGGCGAUGAGGCUGUACCCUCCGGUUCCGGUGAGCACGAAAUCGUCGCUGAACGACGACGUUUUGCCGGACGGAACAGUGGUGAGGAAGGGGACGAGGAUAAGCUACCAUCCGUACGCAAUGGGGAGGGUGGAGGAGGUUUUGGGGGCGGAUUGGGCGGAGUUCCGGCCACGGCGGUGGCUGGAGGAGGGGCGGUGGAGGUUCGUCGGCAGGGAUCCGUACACGUAUCCGGUGUUUCAGGCGGGGCCGAGGAUUUGCUUGGGGAAGGAUAUGGCGUAUCUGCAGAUGAAGCGGGUGGUGACUGGGAUUCUGCGGCGGUUCACUGUGGUUCCGGCGGAAGGAAGGGUUGUUGAUUAG